AUGUAUAUCCGCUCUGCAUUGCUUGCUUUGGCAGCUUUGGCUGGUCAGGCAUUAGCAUUCCCUCUCAACAGUCUGCCGGAGCGUGACAAUGCCGGACUUGAUAUCCAGCUCUCAUCGACUGGAAACACUCGUGUGAAGGCUGUCAUUACCAACAACGGAGACGAAGCGAUGUCCUUCGUCAAAUUCAACACUCUCUUUGACUCAAGCAUGGUCCGCAAAGUCAAGAUCUCCAAGGAUGGUUCUGCGGUCCCCUUUACUGGUAUUUUCGGCUACUAUGAUAUCAACAACCUCCCCAAGGAGGCGUUCGCUACCCUUUCACCGGGUGCCAGCCUCGAGGCUGAAUUCGACAUUGCUGAGACAGCCGAUCUUUCUGAGGGAGGUUCUUUCAAAGUUUCGGCAGAUGGGCUUCUUCCAAUUGCUGCCACCAAGGGCAGCACAAAGGUUGAUGGCGCUAUCCAGUUCAAGAGCAAUGAGUUAACCAUCGAUAUCGACGGCGACGAGGCCGCCAAGGUCCACGCCAGCGUCAUGUCCACUCUUGGGAAGCGAAGCCGGGUUGAUGGGCGCACAUGCCAGGGCCGAGCUGGCCAAAUUAUCGUCAAUUCUCUGCGAAGCUGUGUUGGCUACGCUCAAGCCGCAGCCCAGGGUGCCGCCAACGGUGACGCCCAGAAGUUCCAAGAGUACUUCAAGACCACCAGCCCGCAAGUCCGUCAGAAUGUUGCGCGUCGCUUCCAGGCCAUUGCACAGGAGUGCAGCUCUCCAUCUCAGGGCCGCAGCAUCGUCUUCUGCCAGGACGUCUAUGGUUACUGCCAGCGGGGUCUCAUUGCCUACACUGUUUUCGCCAACAGCCAUGUGGCCACCUGCCCGGACUUCUACAGGCUCCCAGCUCGGGUGAACCAGGGCCUUGGCCCCGACCACGGCUACGUGAUGGUCCACGAAUUGACCCACGCUCCCGCCGUUUUCAGUCCGUAUACCCAGGAUUACGCUUAUGGCUACCAGCAAUGCCGAAGACUCAAUGCUCAGCAGUCCCUCGGCAACGCUGACAACUAUUCCCUCUUUGCUGCUGCCGUCGCUCGAGGCGCGUGA